AUGAAAGGAAAAAAAUUCUCCAUAAAUCUAUCGCGUAUAAGAAAAAUAGAAACGAUAGAUUAUAAUAAAGAGGAAAUAAAAUUUCGCGGUGAAGAUUCACAACUUUUUCAAGCAAUAUCGCCGGCAUUUUACAUAAUUCGUGUUUUUGGAUUGGGACCCUAUUAUUUCUCGGGAGAUCGUUUAGUUCCAUCGAAUGUGCAUUUAAUAUUCUCCCUUAUUGGAUUGCUAUUUAAUUCUUACGUGACAAUUGUUGUUUUAAUUCGAUUUAGCAUAAAGGGAAAUCAGCCAAUUUUAGGUGUAACUGAACAAGUGAAGGUAAUUCUAAAUUAUGGGACGUCGAUAGUGAACAUUCUAGUGGCAAUGUGCACCAGAGAGAGGAUGGUCCAAGUGUGGAGUAUGAUUCAAGACUUUGAUUGCGACACGAAUAUAAUGGGCUUCCCGCAAAUGGAAAGAGGAACUAAAUUCAGAACAUGGAGUAUAAUAAUGCUGAAUACCGUAUUGUGGGUGUGGAUAAGUCAAGCUGGAAUACUAGCAUUUUCCGAAACGUGGCUACAAAAUGCAAGCUAUCUAAUGAUUUACAUUGCCACUUGUGUUUCCGUUUAUGAAUAUUCCGGCAUUGUCAUUAUUCUCGGGACAAGAUUCAAGCAUUUAAACAAAAUUGCCGUCACUUGCAGUCCUAAUCAGAAUGGAUGGGGGCGACUGCCUAAAAUUGAGUCCAAGGUAAUUGAAAAGUUACAUGGAAAUUUAAUGAUUGCCAGUAGAAUUUUAGAUUCUGUGUACUCAUGGCCAUUGUUAUUAUGGUUGUUUAAUCUCUGCUCUCAUACGGUUAGUAAUACUUAUUUCAUCAUUACGGCAUUCAUGGACCACGAUUUUGAGAUUAUUAUUCAAAUUUGUUUGGCGGGAUGGUUCAUUAUUUACGUCAUGCAACUUAUGGUAUUACAUGUUGCCUGCGAUUUUACGUCAUAUGAGGCGAAUCGUUUAGGUGAUAUUUUAUUAAAUUGGAGAAAGUGGCAAGUCUUCAAUGACGACGCGCUGCCGGAUGUUGUUACGUAA